GCUCCCCAUGAAGGAUUGGUACCACUGUGAUCACCUAGGCCAGGGGUGUCAAACUGGCGGCCCUCCAGCUGUCGCAAAACUACAAGUCCCAUCAUGCCUCUGCCUUUGGGAGUCAUGCUUGUAACUGUCAGUCAUGCAAUGCCUCAUGGGACUUGUAGUUUGGCAACAGCUGGAGGGCCGCCAGUUUGACAUCUCUGUUGCAGAACUACAAGUUUCAUCAUGCCUCUGUCAGUUUUGCAAUGUCCGUUCUUUGGAAUGCCUCAUGGGAAAUGUAGUUUCACAAUAGCUGGAGAGCCGCACAUGGCCCACCCCUG